AAUAAGUUUGUAAAACAUUCUUUUAAAAGAUUUUAAGAUGGAUUUCGGUGAAAUAAGUAAUGUUGUGGGCAGAAAAAGAGUAAAUGUCAAUGUUGAAAAGCUACGAGAAAAAGUUUCUCGAGAAACUGCAAAAGUAAUAAAAUUGAAGGUUGCUCAAGACACAGCAUAUUGGGACCUUAAGGAGAAGCUGCAACAGGUGGAAGGAAACCAUGAGCGACUGCAGCAAAAUAUGGUAGAAGUUCAGAUGCAACAUGAGACCAUUUCUGGCCAGUACCAGGAUGAACUUCGUUUGCGUCCUGAAACCUUAAAUAAGUUGAGCAGCACUCGUGAAAUAUGCGACGUUCUAGAAGACUACAGUGAGCGACUCAAACAGACUCUAUCUCGGUGCAAAGCUGACCAGGCAUCAUUAUGCGACGCUUACCAGAAGUCUGGUCAACUGGUUCGCGAUAUUAAGGCGCAGCAGGUGCAAAGUGAUGAAAAACAUGGCCAGUUAGUGAUGAGCCUUGAAGAGAAGAUUAAACUGAGCGGCGAGCAUCAAAGGCAACUAAUGCAAGUGUUUACUGCGUCCAAACAACAACUUGAGAGUGAACUCAACAACGCAAGGGUCAAAGUCGCUUCUGCGCAGGCUCAAACUGAAGAAUUGAAAAAUACCGUCAACGAGCUUCACAAAAAACUUGAUAUUGCUCAGAUUGAACUCGAAAAGAAAGAGGAGACGAUAUCGAACAUGCAACGCGACAUGAAGCAAUUGGUCCACGAAUUUAACGCGCAAAACAAUGAAAUGAGGAACAUGUUGGCUAAGCAGGAGAAAGAUUUAAAAGAAAGUAUCGAUGCAAAUUCCGCUUUGAAAAAGGCUCUCACACACCAAGAGCAAUUCGCUAAAUCUAUGUGCGAUCAGAAUAGUUCUUUGCAAGAUAAAAUAGCUGCCUUGGAAGAUGAACAUAAUGCUACAUCUGAUAUUAUUAAUGACUUGAAAAAGAAACUGGAGGAAGCUUCGUCAAUUCAUGAAAAUAUCAAUAAAGAUAUGAAAACUCUUAUUGACGAGAAACAUAACUUAGAAGCAGACGUGAAGAAAAAGAAUGAAGUUCUGAACAAUUUGAAACAAGAGUUGGAGAUAUUAAAUGAAAAGAUAUCGAUGAUUGAACAGGACAAGUCUAAUUUAAUUAAAGAAUUGGAUAAAAAAGUGGUGGAAGUUAAUAAUAUAAAAAUUCGCGAACAAGAACUCGGUGAUGAAAUUGAAACACUACAGAAUAAAAUUCAUGAAAUCGACAAUGAUUUUAAAAUUUACAGAGAAUCAACUGACGAAAAAAUACAAGACCUGACCAACACAAUAGAGUUGAAAGACAAAGAAUUAGAUUUAAAGGCUUCAACUAUCGCCCAAUUGAUGUCAGAACUAAAAACCAGUACAGAUGUAAGGAAUAAACUGGAGAAUGCUCUGCAGAGGAGCAAUAAGGAGCUGGAAGUGGAGAGGGAGAAUGGGAAAGAGAUGGAGAUGAAGAUGGCGGUCAGGAUUGAACAACUGGAGGCCAUUGCGAGGGAUAAAGAAGACGAGUUAUCCAAACAAAUGUCUAUCAUACUAGAGAUGAGAAGCGAAAAGGAUCGUCUUCAAGAAAAGAUAACCGGUAUGCAAGGCACCAUAGACAAUAUUCAAAAGGAACUCAACGGUCGUCCCGCGCCAAGAGAUAGAGAACCCGCUGUACAACCGGAGCCAGACGAUAAUGCUGUUAUGUUGACACCGUCUAGUAAGAAGAAACCUCAGCCAGUAUCACCUAUAAUCCAAUCGAAGCGCGAGUUCGCAGUGCCUCGCACUGAACCAAAUCACAACAUGGACAGCAUGCUGUACACUUUGUUCAGCGAUAGCAGCACUGAUGGGGAUACUAUUGAUGCGUCAGAAGUGAACCGUCGCUUCUCAGCAAUAUCUCGCGGUGAGCGUCUAUCUCCAAUGCCGCUGUCAACGCUCAAACGUCGCAGCGCUGUGCCCACAGGACAGGGACGGAACACUAAGCCAAGGAAAAAUGACGUAAUGUAUCACUAUUAG